CACAAACAAAUGGGAGAAGCCUUUCAUUUCAACUACAACGAUGUUGAUACUUCUACUCCUCCUCUUCACCUUCCUCAGCCCUAGUUUCACCUUUGUCGACUCCUUCAAUUUCUCAUUCCCUUCCUUCAACUCCGGAAGCUGCACCAAUGGCGGCAACUUGAUUUGCAGUGUCUCCGCCACUGCAAGCAAUGGGACUUUGAACGUGAAGUCGGAUCACCAACAACAACAGCCGAGAGAUCCACCGCCGAUAAACCAGAUCGGACGGGUGUUGUAUAAAUAUCCGGUGAUCGGAUGGCCGGCGUCUAUACGCACCACUUUCAGUAUUAGGAUACUGACUGACUGACCCCAAGGAUUUGGUGAUGGAAUGGCGUUUGUUCUGGUUCAGGAUCGUGCACCCUCUCCUCCCAACAGCUUUGGCUGUUUUCUUGGUAUCUUUGAUCAGUCUACUCAAGGUGUAGUUCAUCAACUUGCAAUAGAGUUCGACACGUACAAGAAUGAAUUCGACCCGGAUGAUAACCACAUCGCAAUUGACACCGUAAGCGUACAAAGCCCGGUUGCGGUGAAGAGCCUCAACAGCACCGGAAUAAAUCUCAAGACGGGUAGAGAAAUAACGGUUCGGGUCGAAUAUAAUGGGUGGACCAAGAAUCUUCAGAUUUUUGUCGGGUAUAAUGGGGAUCCACUAGUGAGCUUUCUCAAUCAUACAAUGAAGUUGCGGCAUACAGUUCCUAGCCCUGUUUACGUGGGCUUCACAGCCGCCACAGCCCUAGUUUCACCUUUGUCGACUCCUUCAAUUUCUCAUUCCCUUCCUUCAACUCCGGAAGCUGCACCAAUGGCGGCAACUUGA